UCUCUAGCUCAUUCGGUGGGCGGGUUCUUCAUCAGGUUUCGGAAAGGCAGCACGCAACCAACAAAAACUUUUAAAAAUUUGAGAGCUAGCUAGCUAGCUUCGACGGUAACAGAUAUCAACCACACUCACGAAGACAAACAAGAAAAAUGACUUCGACGAACAUGUUUUCAGGACUCGAUAAUGGCGCAAAGCCAAGUUCAAGAGUCCUGCGUCCUCCUGGGGGUGGCUCCAGCAACCUGUUUGGUGGAUACGAGGAAGAUUCUACUGCGUCAAGGCGGCCCCACAAGAUGGCCUCCAAUCUCUUUGCCCCACCAGAGCCCCAGGAGCCUCAGGGAGUCACCAAGCGGACUAACCCCCCAGGGGGUAAGAGCAGUGGGAUAUUUGAUUCUCCGGAGGCCGCACCCCAGCAACGGAGACCCGUACCUCCAGGCGGAAACAGUAGCAACAUCUUCGGGGAGCCUGAGAGCACUCCUCCCUCUGUCAAAGCCCAUUCGAACAAGCCGAAGGACAACAUUGCUGUUGGUGAAAGUGCCACUCCUGUACCCGAACCGCCAGCUCCUCAGCCGAAGGAGAGUCCGUCCGAGGAGGUGAAGGAGGAGAAACUUCCCUCCCCUCCCCCCACACCCACCAAAGCAAUGCCAGAGCCUUUGCCUGCUCCUGCUCCCCUGGCCCAGAAGCCAGAGGCUUCCCUCAGUGAGCUUUCGCUGAAGGACCACGAGCCCCACCUUGGGCCCCGCCCCCGCUCCCACAACAAGGUCCUUAACCCCCCAGGAGGAAAGUCCAGCGUGGUCUUCUACUGAUUCAGCCCCUGUAAACCCUUAUCUCUAGAAAUGUUUACGUCCCAAAUGGCAGCCUUUUCUGUAUAUAAAUAAGCCAUGUCUGAUCUAGAACUGUCCAUAGGGCAGGAGCCUGUUUUGACGUACUCUUCCAGGAAUGGAUGCUAGAUCAUGGGCCCUGGUCAAAAGUAGCACACUAUAUAGGAAAUCGGAUGCCAUUUGGGAAACGUCCCCCAUUUCUCUUUGUUCUGUUUUUUUUUUUAUUCCCCCCACCCACCCUUUUCACUCUUAGUUCUUUCCCAUCUUGCACUUUCUGAUUUAACCCGGCAUUCCUGAACCCCCCCCCC